AUGGGCCGCACAACCCCCCGUGACAAGGUGGUGCUCAUGGAGUGCCUGACAGGCGUCAAUGACGUGGAGACCUCGGGGCAGGCCAGCUCUGCCAUGCUCCGGCAAGUGCUGCAGCGCAUGGUGGGCAGCUAUGCAGGGGCAAUGCUGUUUGCCGUCGCUCCUGUGACACCGUUUCUUUGCUGUGGGGCCGCCGCCCUCGGGUGCACGCUGCUCCUCUGUUUGGCGCUGGGCGUACGCCGCAUCGAGGUGCAGAAGCGCUUGUCAGAAAAAGCGGAGCCUGGGAGCAUCGACAGCGGCCUGGAGCUCUCACAGGACUCCACCAGCCUCGUAGAGGAGAGUGUGCAUGGCCUCGGGAUGAUCAUGCGCGACCGUGAGCGCGCACAUUCGUACAUUGGGCCGGAGGUGGCGCACAGAGCCAUCUCGGAAGAUUCGAUCGCGACCUCGCCGGCGUCACCUGCCUCGCCCCCCUACUGGCGCGGAGUGACGAUCCCUGGCAAUGCCAUGGACAUGCCUGCUGGUCGUGCCGAAUGA